AUGGAGGCAACUACCAGUCAAUUGUUGGAUUUCGAACCGCCACCAAUGUUCUGCAAUUCGUGCCUCGGAUCCACGGAUCCCGAGUACUUGGUGAGUGCCUCCAAUGUUCUCCGAAUGCGAAACUCAUUUAAUAUGCUCGAUUUAUACUUGUUUUUAUGAAAAAUUUUGGCAUUUUCAGCACUUUGAGCUCAUUAGUGUGAAAAAGUAGCAAAGUUGUUAUGUCCCCCACCUCUGCCUCUGAGCGCGCGCGGUGUGCACGACACCGCGCACAAAACUGCCCUCUGUCGCGCCGGAAAAAUGUGACUGCUUGGCGCAAUGGUAGCGCGUUCGACUCCAGAUCGAAAGGUUGGGCGUUCGAUCCGCUCAGUGGUCAAAGUACUUUUUGUGGCUUUCGUAAUGACACUCCAGGUGCUCGCGACCACAGUUGGAUUGUGGAUUUCAUUUGCAGACCUACAAUUUGGGAGUGUCCGGUGUCCUUUUGGCAAUUGUGGGUAUUGUCGGUCUCAUCGGAAAUAUCCUCGUCGUCAAGACUUAUUUGCAUCCGGAACAGGCGGUGAGUAAAAAAGUUCAAAAGAAUUCGAAAUCUUUUGAAAAUUUGCAGAUCCACUCGACUUCGAUUUACCUGGCCGCUUUGGGCUUCUCCGACUUUUUUCUGGUGCUCACUGCCAUGUUCUUGUUCGUGCUGGAAGCCUGGAGACAUCACAAUUAUCCGAGUAAGUCGGGUGAUUGAAACGUGUUGAACUUUGAACGGAUAUUGUAGAGUUUUGAGACGUGUUAUGGUUCUACACUUGUUUUUAUGAAAUCUUGACAUCAUGUACUUCAACUUUGUAGUUGGCACGUUUUUUGUAGGACCUUUCCCUAGAGUACUGUAGCUCCUCAAAGUUGGGGUACCUAAAAGCUCAUUCAAACUUUUUGAAGCGCUACAGUAGUCCGGGGAGUGGGCGUAGAGAAAAACGACAAACUACAAAUUUGUAGUACAUGACAAGUAGAACAACUUUGUAGUUGACAACUUUUUUAUGCGCCCAAGUGCUCGACUACUGUGGCUCUUGGAAGUUUGACCGCUCUUUUUGAAGCUCUAACUUUGAGGGACUACAGUACUCGAGUGUGUGGGCGUACAAAAAAAGUGUCAACUGAACAGUUGUAGUACUAGAUGUCAAGAUUUCACAAAACAAUUUCUAGAACCAUAGGACAACGUAGAAGUCUACAAUAUCGAUUCAAAGUUGGGGCACACCUUUCGCUUCAAAACCGAUAUUAUCGAAUCGCUUUUCGCUUGCAGCUCUCGCCUAUAUGUACGUGAUCGGAGCUCCGGUGAUCUUUCCGGUGGCGGCGGUGUUCCAGACAAGCUCCGUCUAUUUUUGUGUCGCCGCCGCCGUCGACUGCUUCAUAAUGGUCGUGCUUCCGGAAAGUGUGCGACAGUUGUACUGUACUCCAAAGUGAGUGAAUUUUCGAUACAUUUUCGGAUAAAUCUAUCGAUAAACCACCGUUUAGACGAGCAAAAGUGACGUGCGGCUGUCUGAUGGCGUUCUGCUUGGUCUACAAUAUCCCGCACUUUUUCGAACUCGAAAAAGUGGAUUGUAUCGACGAAGACGGCCUCGAAUCGAUGCAGAUUUGUCCGACGGACAUCCGGCUGGAUCCGGCCUACUAUGCAAUCUACUACACGUACAUGUACACCACUUUUCUGGCAAUUGGACCCCUGACUCUCCUCAUUCUCCUCAACAUUUGCGUCGUUUUCACCGUCGUCACGAAAGGAAGCUCCAGCGAGAGUGGAGGUGAGCCUGGGACCACUUCCAGUCAUCCGAUGGGCACCAAACUUUGCAAAAUUGUCAGUCUUGGUGUGAAGUAGCUUGGCACCAAGUUUCAGACGCAUUCGAUCGUCUGGUCCCGGGGAUAUCCACUUUGGGACCAGAUUUCAGACACAAUUUUUGAACUUUUAUAACAUUUUCCAGAAGACGACACAAUUUCCCUGAUCCUCGUCGUUUUCUUCUUCAUUUUCUGCAACUUUACCGCUCUUCUCGUCAAUUUUAUGGAAAUUGUCUUCAACGAUCCGGUAGGCACUUUUUUGGCGGACGUCCACAAUAUUCAUUGUCCGCAGAAAAUGCUCGUCUAUUUCGUGGAUCUGUCCAAUUUGCUCGUCGUCGUCAACGGAACCGCCAACUUUUUCUGCUACUUCAUUUUUGGCACCAGUUUCAGAGCCACUCUGAAAAAGGUUUCUAUUUUUUUGUUGUUGAAAAAUCAUAACUUUUUUUGAAAAAAUGCUACAGAACCCGACGAGCGCUCAAAAUGACGGUAAUCAUCUGUAGAAUAUGGAAAAAAAUAAUAGCUGUUUGGAAGAAAUUCUUAAAAAUUAGUAUAUAUCAUGUUUCCCUAGGAUUGCAUCGAAACAUGCCAUUCCGCAAUCUUCAAAGUGCGUGGGUGGUGAUAAAUUUUUUUCGACUAGUUCAAUAUUUUCCCCAUAUUCUCCAGACGAUUACCGUCAUUUUAAGCGCUCGUACGAGUCUGUAGCAUUUUUUAGAAAAAAGUUAUGAUUUUUUGAACAAAUAGUUUUUGCAGGUGAUCCUCGGCUCCCCGGCGAAACGAUCGGCCAACCUGUGGAUCAACGACGAGGAGAACAAAAAUCAACAUUCUCAUGCGCUUAUUUGA